GUGGAUUAAAUCGCUUCCUAGAAGCAGCUCGUACUGUACAUCGCCUCAACCCUCGCUGAACUUUCUCAGUAAAUACGGCAGCCUGACAGCCCGGCUUCCCCGCUGGGUGGAUCCUGCAACUCCAGGAGGGAAUGGCACUUCUUGUUUUUAAUUAGCAAAGGUGAAAGGUGAAUUAAAACUGGCUGUUUAGCAAGUCAGAGCAAGGGGCUGAGUUCCGAAGAGCACCAAGGAGGAGGGUGCUUUCUUUUUUUUUUUUUUCAUUUUUCUUUUUUUUUUCCCUCCUUCUUUUAAUGAAUUGCCUUGCAGGAGGGACUGCAAAUACAGCUUCUUCCUGAAUCCACGGGCAGAGUUACUAGAGAGCUCAAGACACAACACUGCAGAGUAACGCCUUGGAAUGUCCUCGCACUUUAUAAACAAUUGUACUGGGGAGGGAAUAUUUUUACAUGACAUUUGCACAGCUUGACAAAUGGCAAGCUGAGGCUGUGUGCUCUUCUGAUGAACAUUGAUUUUUCACAUAGAGAUAUCCCACAAACUGACCAAAGAGAGAUAUCUAACUGUACUGGAAACGUAGAAGUGGAACUUGGAGCCUUAAAAAAACAAACAAAGAGCUGCAGUUAAGUGAAGAGAGCAAGAUUUCGAUGUUGGGCAUGAUGGCAUCAGCCCAGGACCUUUUAAUUCUGGCACUAUGUGGCUUGUUACUAGAGUUACCGGCUGGAUGUCACGCAACAGAUACAAGACAGCCAAGGUUACGUCUGUCACAUAAAGAGCUCUGGGAUUUAAACAGGACGUCAGUCUUUCAUAGCCCGUUUGGAUAUCUUGGUCUUCAUAUAAUGCUCCUGGAUGAGUAUCAAGAGCGACUGUUCGUGGGAGGAAGAGACCUCUUGUACUCCCUCAGUUUGGAUCGAAUCAGCAACAACUACCGAGAGAUCCACUGGCCUAGUACACCUCUUCAAGCAGAAGAAUGCAUAAUUAAAGGAAGAGAUGCUGAUGAAUGUGCUAAUUACAUCCGUGUCCUUCACCGAUACAAUAGAACGCAUCUUCUGGCCUGUGGAACAGGAGCUUUUGAUCCAGUUUGUACCUUUGUAAGAGUAGGACAUCCAUCAGAGGAUCAUCUGUUUCAACUGGAAUCGCAAAAAUUUGAGAGAGGACGAGGCAGGUGCCCUUUUGACCCUACUUCUUCCUUCACUUCCAUCUUAAUUGGUGGUGAACUUUUUACUGGUCUCUACAGUGACUACUGGGGAAGAGAUGCUGCUGUCUUUCGCACCAUGAAUCGUAUGGCACAACUCCGAACAGAACCAGAUAGUGAGCGCCUGUUGAAAGAACCAAAGUUUGUUGGCUCAUACAUGAUUCCUGACAAUGAAGAUCACGACGAUAACAAAGUGUAUUUCUUCUUUACUGAAAAAGCAUUAGAGGCUGAGACAAGCACUCAUGCCAUUUACACCAGAGUGGGACGUGUGUGUGUGAAUGACAUGGGAGGACAGCGAAUGCUUGUGAAUAAAUGGAGCACUUUCCUCAAAACCAGAUUAGUUUGUUCUGUGCCUGGGAGAAAUGGAAUUGAUACGCAUUUUGAUGAAUUAGAGGAUGUGUUUUUGCUGCAAACUCGUGAUAACAAAAAUCCAGUGAUAUUUGGCCUCUUCAGCACUACAAGCAAUAUAUUUAGGGGAUAUGCUAUAUGUGUUUACCAUAUGGCAAGCGUCCGAGCAGCCUUCAAUGGACCAUAUGCUCAUAAAGAAGGACCAGAAUACCACUGGGCUCUAUACGAAGGGAAAGUACCUUAUCCUAGACCUGGUUCAUGUGCCAGCAAAGUGAAUGGUGGUCUGUACACUACCACCAAAGACUAUCCUGAUGAAGCUGUCCAUUUUGCCAGGAGUCAUCCAUUGAUGUAUCAGCCCAUCAAGCCUGUUCAUAAGAGACCAAUUCUAGUAAAAGCAGACGGGAAGUACAACCUUAAGCAAAUAGCUGUGGACAGAGUGGAAGCUGAAGACGGGCAAUAUGAUGUGUUGUUCAUUGGCACAGAUAAUGGAAUUGUGUUGAAAGUCAUUACAAUUUACAAUCAAGAGACAGAAUCAAUGGAAGAAGUGAUUCUUGAAGAGCUGCAAGUAUUCAAGGUGCCAAUUCCUAUUAUUUCCAUGGAAAUCUCUUCAAAAAGGCAACAGCUCUACAUUGGAACUGAAUCAGUUAUAGCACAAGUGAAGUUUCACCAGUGCGACAUGUAUGGCACAGCCUGUGCUGACUGCUGCCUGGCUCGAGAUCCCUACUGUGCUUGGGAUGGCAUCUCUUGCUCCCGGUAUUACCCCACAGGAAUACAGGCAAAGAGACGCUUCCGCAGACAAGAUGUACGACAUGGAAAUGCAGCUCAGCAGUGCUUUGGUCAGCAGUUCAUUGGAGAAGUCUUAGAGAAGACUGAGGAGAGAUUGGUUUAUGGAAUAGAGUACAACAGCACCCUUCUGGAGUGCACCCCUCGAACCUUACAGGCAAAAGUAAUCUGGUUUGUCCAGCGAGCCCAUGAAACUAAGAAGGAAGAGGUGAAGACAGAUGAUAGAAUAAUCAAAAUGGACCUCGGCCUCUUAUUUCUGAAGCUGCAUCGGCUGGAUGCAGGGACUUAUUUUUGUCAGACAGUGGAACACAGCAUAGUUCACACUGUUAGAAAAAUCACCCUGGAAAUAGUCGAGGAAGAACGUGUAGAUGAAAUGUUCAAUAAAGACUACGAGGAGGAGAUAUCUCACAAAAUGCCAUGCCCAAUGCAGAGCAACAUACCUCAGGUAUCAAAACCAUGGUACAAAGAAUUUCUUCAACUGAUAGGUUACAGCAACUUCCAGAGAGUGGAGGAAUACUGUGAAAAAGUCUGGUGUACAGAUAAGAAGAGAAAAAAGCUGAAAAUGUCUCCAUCCAAGUGGAAAUAUGCCAAUCCUCAGGAGAAGAAGGCAAGGAUCAGGCCAGAGCACUACCGGUUGCCCAGGAACAUAGCUGACUCUUGAUGGACAAAAUCCAUCUUCUGUUUCUGGGCAAAAUUUUAUUUGGACUUCAGUAAGAGGGAAAAAUCAGCUUGGUUUUGGUAAAUGAAACAGGUUUAUAUGUAUAAAAUAUCAGGACUGAAAACAAAUAUACUAUGGUAAGUUUUACUGUACAUUCAUGACUGUUUAGAAGCAUUUUACACAAAAUUUUGUCUGUUUCUAAGUAGGUCAAUGCAAUCAGAGUUUUGCUUUAGGAAGGAUGUGACAAUCUUCAGACUUUGAGUGCUUGAAUCAGUUUCCUGUGUGGACCAUGCUUGUGCUGUAUAUUGUUGCAUAUGAUGGCAUAUUUAAGUACAUUCAAAUAAGUAUUCACAAGAGGGUGAAAUAUAGAACGUGUAUCUUUCAUUGUUUUCACAAGUUUCUCAUAGUUCUAAAAGCAGCAUGUCUUAAGAUCUUACAUUUUGAUUGUGACCAGUUCAAAUUCAUCACUGAGAGCAGUGAGAUUUGUUAAUAUGGUGUCCUGCUUUUCCUAAAGAUAAUGAAGAGAAACCGUAUUUACUUCCCACCGUUAUUUGUCUCAUCAGUUAUUUAUAAAGCACAGUGUACUGUUACAGCUAAAUAAUAUUACCUAGUAACUUAAUGUAAGUCAGGUGCAUGCUGGGAACACAAAGAGAAUGAAAUUCUUCUACACAUCUAUACAAAAUGUUGGAAUAAUGGUUUAGACAGAAAGCAAGCCUAUCUUGUCUCUAGUAAUGGGCACUGCCUUAACAACACAAAUUAAGCGACUGCCCUCUUGUGGCUAAACAAAGCAAAUCCGAUGGUAUCAUAUUUUCUCAAGUAACGUGUAGCUAAGUAUUCCUAGAUCCACAGAUAGUUUGUUUUCAGCAUGCACUUCUCGUCUCCAUGUGCCAAAUCCACAGAUUUAGAAGGUAGUGUUGGAAGUCACUCAUCCUGAAAAGACAGCAUUUAAAGUAAUACUAUAUGUCAUUAAUGUACUUUUGGGAUUAAAUGCAGUAAUACAAAGUUAGGAAGUAGACUGAAACAGGAACAGCAUUAUGCAGUUGCUUUUCUACAGUGUUGUCUGAUCCAGGCAAAAUUUCCUGAUGCAUGAUCUCUGGUCAAAAGAGCUCUUUUCUGCUCUUGUGAUUGAUACUACGAGGAGAUCAAAGUAGUAAAUUUACAAUCUAGGACUUUCAAGACUUUUCCUAAAAAUGAAAACAAACAAA